AUGACGGUUCGCUAUCCUGAGGCGAUGUACUACCCCACUGUGGAGCUCUCACAGGUGGGGCCGGAUUGCGAUGUGUUUGCGCAGGUGCCGUAUCUGCGGGGUCUCCGCAUGUCUGCCCCGCAAGUGAUUUACCAGCCGCCGACGGUUGGGGCCCUGCGGGCUGCGGGGGUCCCCGGGGGUUUGGGAGGCGGAGGAAGCGGGGAGGACUUGGAGGCGGGCCGGGACCUGCCGGUCAUCACCCUCUCCGUGGAGUGCGGCCCCUCCCGUGGGGUGUCGGCCUCCACCUCUGGCCUCUACACCGCGGGAUUCCUGCGGCCGCCGGAGCGGGAUGGGGUCGACGGUCUCGUGGAGGAGUUCCAGCGGUUCCGCCGCACCCCCUCCGACCAGGGGUACUGGAGCGAGGAGUAUUGGAAGGCCAUCCAGGCAGAUGAUACCAAGAAUAACAGUAAAACCAACAAUGAAGGGAGUGGUGGGGGGAUCCGCAGUACGCGUACUCCGUCUGUUCGGACGUCACAAUCACAACCACCACCACAACGAAGACGACCUCAAGGUACCAACAACGGCGGUGGAAUGUGUUUCCCAGGAAAUUGCCUGGCGCCGGCGGUUCGGCAACCCCGUCGUACUCCGCAGAAACGGGGAGGGACUAAUACUAGUGGUGGUCCUGCACGCAGUGAACAAGUGAAACUCCUUGGCAUGCAUCCAAUGCUGACCCCACCGUCCGAUACUCCUAGUAACAGUAUCUCCUCGAAUAUCUGGCCAAAAGCAACUAAAACCACGUAUCGCUCUGAUGUAAGAAUAAAGAGAGGGCGGGCAGCUCGUGCAACAUCCCGAAAUGUCACUGAGGUAGGCCAACAAAAGCAGAAAAAGGGAGUUACAACAGACGACAAUUCCAGGUUACCAAAACAUCUUAGAGGUGGAAAAGAAGUGACCUCACCAGUUGAAUCGCAUUCUAUGCGUGCUAGUGCAAGUAGAAUGUCGUAUGGUAGAUGUACUGUACGUUGCGUCCAUUCACCAUCGAAUGUGAACUCAUACAGACCCAGUGUUCAUUGUGUAGAUGACGUGGAUCCACUAUCAGGUAGGAGCUCAUUUGUACAUAGUGUUUAUUAUUAUGAUGGUGUGGAUCCACCAUCUACUAAGAGCUCAUUCGUACGUAGUCUUUAUUGUGUAGAUGACAUGCAUCCACAAUCAAAUAGUAGCUCAUUCGCACAGAGUGUUAGACUACCAGAGUCUGGUUUGAUAGCACAGUAUAGUGGUGGUGGUGGUGGUGGUGGUGACCCAAUCGAAUAUCCGAAUCAUGUAUUUCCACCUGCACAGGCGGGUGUACAAGUCACAAGGAAAGAAACGGCAGCUACUGCUCGUGUAGGGUCAAGUCUUGCUGCACCCGGGAGUCCACUCGCUGGCACUUCAGGUGCAGCUAAUGCUACUAUGAGCACCAAUACGUACUCAUCAUUGGCUUUUACCAGCAGAAAAGAGAGCACAACGCAAAAACCUUCAUUAGUGUCUUUUGGACAAAACAAUUCGGGAGCCCUAAAGUCUGCUGUAAUUGAACAAAAAGAGUCCACUAGUGCGGCUAACGCAGACAAUGUACCUUCUGAAAAAGAUAAUGGAAGUUCGGGAUUGCCUGUAGAAAUUUCACGCUCCAAGGACCAACCAACCGAACCUACCGUGCUCUUACAAAACGAUAACAAACCUAGGACGAGCUGCUGUGUACUGAUGUGA